UCAUCAGUGACACCAUGAAAAUCACACCGACAGUCUCACACCUCUGGACCUGCUCUCUGCUCCUCUACACACUCGUCAGAGAGUGUCCAGCAGACAGUGAGAUAAUCACGUCACAGACGGUUCGCGCUCGGGUCGGUCACUCAGCGUCUCUGACCUGUGAGGCUAAAGGAAAUGUUCAAGUCGUCCAGUCUCAGUGGAGCCGCUGUCCUGACCGCAUCAUCCUUGUCUAUCAAGAAAAACCUGGAGCUUACGUGGCCAACAACAGCUACAAAGACCUCAUCUCCACUCAGGGGUACCACACUCUCAUCCUGAACAGAGUGCAGGAGGGGGAUUUCGGGGAGUACUGCUGCAAACUGACCACAUACCCCAGCGGCAGUCUGGAGGGGCAAGUCCAGCUGCUGGAGGAAGACGAGGAAGAAGAUGCUCUCAGUAAAAGUUUUGGAACAACAAAGCAUCCACCUGCUUCCUCCACCAACCUCCUUCCUUCACAGCCCACAGCAGGUCUGCCGGUGAUGAUGAUCGUGUACAUCUCCUGUGGUGCUGCAGGGUUUGUGGUUCUAAUAGGUAUCAUCAUCUGCCUGGUCUGCAGGAAGCAGAGGAGAAAGGUACGUAAUCCGAUCCGUGUUCCAGUGCAGGCUUUGCGUGUCCCCCAGAACAAACAAGAGAAGGGAGACCCAGUGGAGGUGUGCGAUGAGGAUGAUGAUGAGGCUGGGAUGUACCUGAAUGUUCCUCAGCUUAACUCCUAAUGGACAUUCGGCGCGUGGACAUCAGCGAACUUCCUUAAUCGUUCAAACCAGCAGUUUAUAUCUGUGACCUCACAACCAUCCACAGUGACUCAGGUCUUUAGGAAACGAUUCAGUGCAGCAUAAAAACUCAGAUUUCAUCUUGAUUCAGUCUGAUUCAGUCUGUUUCAGUCUGAUUCUGUUUGAUUUUGUUUGAUUCUUUAGGAAAUGAUUCAGUUCAUCAUGAAAGCUCACAUAUCAUUUUGAUUGAGUCUGAAUCAGUUUGAUUCAAUCUGAUUCAGUUCAAAUAACUAAAUUCAACAUAGAACAACUGAACGCAUCAUAACAUCUCAAACUCCAUUCUGAUUCAGUCUGAUUCAAUCCGAUUCAGUUUGAUUCAGUCUGAUUCUGUCCGAUUCAGUUUGAUUCAGUCUGAUUCAGUUUGAUUCAGUCUGAUUAAGUCUGAUUCAGUCUGAUUCAGUCUGAUUCAAUUGGUUUAGGAAAUGAUUCAGAGCAUCACGGAAUCUGAAACAAUGAUUAUUUUCCAAUUCAGUCAUAGUUUCAGUACAAUUCAGUUUUGUUUUUAGAAAUACACAAAGGUGACUGGAGGAAGUAGAUGCAGCAGAAACAAAACUCCAAGCUUUUCUUUUUAAAUAGUCCUGGGAAAUUUCAUUCAGGACAAAAGUGCUUGAAUUUUUACAGAAUAUUAUUAUAAUCUAUACACUGCAAAUUCAAUGCAGUUGAAUCGGAAUCUUCAGAUUGAAGCUGCAUGUUGAAUACAUUUUUACACACACACACACACACACACACUCACACACACACACACACACACACACACACACACACACACACACACACACACACACAUAUGAGCGCAACAUUAAACUUUGACAAUAUCAAGCGAUUAUGAGUCCUGCACUAUAAGCCGAUAAGCUAAUGUACAUGUUUGCAAUGUUUUUAUUGUUUGCAAAUUAUAAAGCAGCUCGUGUGUCAGAUGCAUGACUACAUACCCUGUAUGAUUAUGGUAAUUAUAUGUAAGUACACUUGGCUUAUGCUUGCAAGUAUAUAG